GGUCCAUGGGCUAGCUAUGUUAUAUGAGUCUCUCAUAAGCCGGACUUUGAAGACUUGAAACGCAGUCCAUCCCCAUCCGCUCUGUAUCUGAAGACCAACUCGUCCGAAUGACAUCUCGAGCUCUUCAAUCCAUGAGGGUAGCUCUGUUGCACCAGGGUGCUCCAGUUCCUCACGUAGGAGGUGUCAUCAAGCCCAUGAAGCCUGGUGGCUAUUCUGACAGUAGUGCCGAUAUCGCCUAUGCGCUAAAGACCCGAGGAAUCAACGUGAUCACGCCAGCCUCACACCCAGAUGUUCGAAAAGAUCUCGAUUGGUCAUUCCCCGAUACACCCUCUGCUAUCCGCCAAGCCGUAACAGAGCAUGGCGUCAAUGUCUUUUGGGCUAAUACGAUCUUACAUUCCAAGCAUGCCAUUGUUGAAUUGGCGGAUUUCCUCAUCGAAAAGCGAGUCAAGAUGGUCGGACAGAGUCCAUUGGAUACGGAGAAGUACGACGAUAAAGAGUGGUUGAAUCGAUGGCUUGUUCAGAGUCAUGAGGGGUUGCAGCGGUGUUUUGCAGAGAAUCAAUUGAUCACAGCGAAAGAUGUUGAUCGACUCGACGAGCUCAACUUGCCGGCUGUCAUCAAGCCUGUAAGAGGUCGAGGAUCCCACGGAGUCAAAGUCGUGAGGGAUAAAGAGCAAUUGAAGAGGGGUGUCGAAGCGUUGUUGAAGGAAUCAGAUGCGAUCAUCUAUGAGGAAUUCUUAGAAGGGGAAGAAACAACUAUCACAGUGAUGCCUCCAGGAGAAUACACCAAUGGAAGGAAGGAAGGCUACUGGGCUCUUCCUGUCGUUACUCGAUUCGACCAAGUUGAUGACGUCGCGCCGUGGAACGGGACAGUGCCAGUCAUGGACAACAGCAGAGCUUUGACUCCAGAGGAGCAUGCCGCAGACCCAGCGUACGGUAUCGCUCAACGUCAAUGCGAGCUCGUAGCGGAGGCUUGUCAAGCCACCGCGCCGAUCCGUAUAGAUUGUCGAAGACGAAGGCGAUCAGAGGGAAACGGUGGAGAGAUCAUCCUCUUUGACGUUAACAUGAAACCGAAUGCCACGGGGACUGGCAGACCUGGGAGAGAGAAGCAGACAUCUUUGGUGGCCCUCGCAGCAGAGGCGAUUGGGUGGGACUACCCCGAGUUGUGUGUCAAUACUUUGGCUCAAGCUGUGGACCUGAAGAGCCUGCUCGAUCGAGAAUGAUGAGUGAGGGAAAAGCCGCAUGCAACAUCCCGUGCGCUUUCCUCAUCUUCCGUCAUUCAUUCACGCAUGAGAUUAAU